AGUCAACGAUAGGAUACCAAGAGAGAAGUAUCAUGCUCCGUUUCGGCGUUAGUGGAAAAUUCGUCAUUUACGGCAACCUCGAAAAAUGUUUGGACACAAUGGGAGGUGUUCGCGACACCUGCGGCGUCGCCAUGAGGUCAAAGGUCAGGCAGAGACAUGGUUCGACAUAUUCGAGUUGUUUGAUCGAUUCCGUGACACCUCGUGCAGCCGCCAACGCGAUCCAGACACAAAGUCGCCGAUUGUCGUCUGCGACGAGCAUCAGCGAGAUCCGGAAAACCUGCUUAUACGAUUUUCAUGUGAAAAAGGAAGGAAAAAUUGUCAAUUUCGCUGGAUGGCUGUUGCCGAUACAAUAUCAGGAUGCGAUCGCCGCAUCCCAUCAGCACACCAGGUCGUUCGCGUCGCUCUUCGACGUCGGGCACAUGAUGCAGACGCGUGUCACCGGCAAAGAUGCCGGAGAGUACCUAGAAUCGUUAACCACAUGUGAUUUGAAGAAUAUGAAGAACGGUGCCGCGACUUUGACGGUCUUCACUAACGACGAAGGGGGAAUUCUUGACGAUUUAAUCAUCACCAAAGACGACGAAGACAAAUACUUUGUUGUAUCGAAUGCAGGAAGACGGGACGAGGACAGUCGGCUUCUGUUAGAGCGUCAAGAAGACUUCAAGAGGACUGACAAAAACGUAUACGUCGACUUCCUGGAUCCUCUGCAGCAAGGCCUAAUAGCUCUUCAAGGCCCCACAGCAGCCGCCGUCCUGCAAUCCUUGGUAAAAAUCGACCUCCAGACUCUGAAAUUCAUGAACAGUGUAAAGACCAAGGUGGCAGAUAGCCAGGUCAGAAUCUCACGAUGUGGAUACACCGGCGAGGACGGUUUCGAGAUCUCGGUACCUGCAAAAGACGCUGUUGAUCUGGUAGAGAGAAUCCUGGAAGUUCCCGACGUGAAACUAGCCGGUCUAGGGGCGAGAGACACAUUAAGGCUCGAAGCUGGACUCUGCUUAUACGGUAACGACAUAAAUGAAAACAUCACGCCGGUCGAAGCUGCCCUCACGUGGUUAAUAGCAAAACGACGAAGGGUCGAGGCCAACUUCCCAGGUGCGCAGCGGAUACUGUCGCAGAUCAAGACGGGCGCCAUGGAGAAACGAGUCGGACUCUUACUGGGUCAAGGACCACCUGCCAGACAAGGUGCGCCUGUAUUGACGCCGGAAGGUGAACGUGUGGGCAAAGUGACUUCCGGCGGACCAAGUCCGACCUUGGGUCGGCCGAUUGCCAUGGGAUACAUACCGUCGGAUUUAGCGCAAUUUGGAGGCGGCGUACUGAUCGAGGUGCGGGGGAAAACCUAUAAGGCCACCGUGACCAAGAUGCCCUUUGUGAAGGCGAAUUAUUACACUGCCAAAUGAUACUCAUUCCGAUCUCGUGGGAGACAAGCUGGUUGACUUUGAGCGAAAUUGCAUGGUACAUGGACAAGUUAAGAUUCUUGUGUACUUAUUCUGUAAUUUUUAACGGCGAUAUUAUCGUGUUUCAGCUAUUGCAUUAUGCAUUAUGUCUGCGCGACGACAUGUAAGGAAUCAUCUAUAAUGCGGCCGUAGUUACGUUUUAAAGUCGUAGCACUAAUCUAUGAAUCGAUGAAACUUUUCACUUUUUACGAAUUUACAUAAAAUAAAUACAUGAUCGAUUCACAGACUAGUAUUACAACUUUAAAACGUAAUUACGACCGCAUUAUAGACUCUAUAUUGUUAAAAAUUAAACACAUUUCAUAUUUGUUAAAUAUUAUAAACUUCGCUCUUGUUUUAACGAUCGAUAACCAUCAAAAUAAUAUAACAUGCAUUGUUAAAAAUUAAAUUUAACACAUUUUACAUUUGCUAAAUAUUCUAUAAACUUUGCUUUUGCUCUAAUAAUCGAUAACCGUCAAAAUAACAUAACAUGCAACCUUUCUUUUUAGUCUACUGUUUCUAGCAAUUUGGUCACGUUAAUUUCACGGCUAUUGGUGGUUAGAGUAAAACGAUAGUUUUUGAGAUAUUUUACAAAUGUGCUCAGUUAAUUACAAGUAUCUUUUUUAUGUAGACAUAACGUUCAAUUUUGACUUCCAAAGAGAAUUUUAUGUGUUAUAUGUAUAUAUGUUACAUAUGUUAUAUGUUUUUUCACUUCCGACAUCAUUAAUCAAAAUGGGUACAUUUAGAGAACACAAGAGCCUUAAUUUAAUAACAAUCAUGAAUUGAAAGAAAAAAUUGAAAAUAAUAGUUAAAUUUUUAGUCUCUACAAAUACUUCAUAUCCAGUGAACAUUGAGCGAUAGUAACGUUACAUUAAUAUUAUAAUUUCCCAAUUAAUAAUGUAAUUGCCCAAUCAACCAAAUAUCAAUUAUGUAAUGUCUAUGUUAUAAUUUUAUAUUUAACAAUGCAAGUGCAAUAUAACACCAUGUGUUAUAUUGCACUUAUACUGUAUAACAAACAUAAUAUAAUUAGUAUUCGUUGUUAACUGGUUUGUGUACAACAUGUUGUACUUAUAUUGUUGAGUGGGAAAUUAUGAUAUUCAUAUAAUGUUAUUUGAUGUUUGUGGAGUAUAUUUGAUAAAUUAAUAGUUAGUAAACAUCCCAAGCAAUAAUAACAUUACAUUAAUGUUAGAAUUUUUCAUUCAACAAUGUAAAUACAAUGCAAUCUACCUUAUAUAUAAUAGUUAAAUUGCUAAGUAGGAAAAUUAUAUUUUAUUGAUAUAAAAAUUAAUGAUAACAACAUUGCAUUGAUAAUGCAAUGUAUGAACAUAUAACAUAUAUAUUCAUAUUGCUGUUAUUCAUUAUUUACUAGGUUAUUAAUAUUUAAUGGUUAUUUAACACUUACUGAGCUGAGAAAGAAUAAAACAAGCGCCUUAAAAUCGUGCUAACUAAUAAUAGCAAACUUUUCCAAUUUGAAUAGUUGUACUUGAAAAUAAGGCAGAUUAGUUUGAAUCGUAUUAUAACUUCAAUUUGCCGAUGUAGAGUUUCUCGAGUCAAAAUUAGGACAUCCGCCAUUGAUAGAGAGGAAGUUAAUCAGAGCCAAUUUUUCCAAUGUUUUGGUAAGCUAACGGUUAAAUUAAAUGUAUUUUUUUAGAUAUUUGCCUUUUAGAAAUAAUCCAAAAUAUAUCUAAAAAAAAUCACAAGUCA